AUGUCUUGGAUUCAAGCGGACGAAAACGACGAAGCGCAAGUGAUCCUGACCUGUCCCCCGAAUGCCACGAAUUCCAUCGGCACUUACCACCCAAGCGGGUUCCUGUACGUGUCGCACGUCAGCUUCUCCGCUGCGCUGUCGGAGCACGCCAGGUUCCGGCAACUGCUGGAGGACCACGGGUGCCAAGUUCACUCGGUGUUGGACGUGCUGCGCAUGAACUGCGACGAGGACCCCGAAGCGCGCGCCUCCUUGGAGAGGUUCGCGGCCAGCUGCCUGCACUACCAACUCCUAGACGACGACGAAGCGCACCUCGGCAGUCCCUACAUGGAACAGCUCAGCGAGGAGUAUAAGCUCAAAUCGCUGCAAAACAUGAGUCCGAGUCAAUUGGUCGACAUCAUCUUGACCAAUCCCACCCUGAUGCUCAAAAAGGCCCCUCUGAACACCCUCUUCGAGUGCAAGUCCGUCUCCAUGAACCCCCUCGCGAAUCUCGCGUCCUCCAGAGACUCCCUCAUCGUCACCGCGCGGGGGGUCGUAAUCGCGUCGAUGGCGGCGUUCAAUCGCAAACCGGAGGUCGAGGUGACCAAAUUCUGUCUGGCCAAGCUCGGCAUUCCAAUUUUGGGACAAGUCGACUCUCCCGGCUGCCUCGAGGGCGGAGACUUCCUCCCCGCGGGCCGAUCGCUCUGCUUCCUGGGCGCCGGCAUACGCACCAACUCCCGCGGAAUCGCGCAGCUGCUGGCCAACAACUGGCUCGGAACCGACCGCGUCGCCGUCGUCAAGGACUACUUCGACCGAAAACAGGAACGCAUGCACGUCGACACCCUGUUCAACCUCGUCUCGUCCAGCGCGGCGUUUCUGCACGAAGGCGCCGCGGAAAACUCGCCCACUUGCCGAUACGUAGACGAGUACCGCAAAACCGAACAAGACCAAUACGUCCUCGUCGAACACGACGUCCCAUUCCCCGUCUAUCUCAAGUCGGAAGGUUACGAAAUCAUCUUCUUCAGCGACCGCGUUCAAGCCAACUACGGACCAAACUUCAUUCAUCUCAGCCCCCAAAAAAUCAUCUGCGUCGACGGCGAAGCCGCCAACCUCAUCGCGCCUCACUUUCCGGGCGACAUCGUCGUCCACCCCUACAGAAACGUCGCCGACAUGAACGGCGGCUUUCACUGCACCACUCAAGUCCUGCGCAGACUCGAAAAACCGCGCCCCCUUGAACUCGAACGCGCCGCCGUCGCCGCCUGCUGUCUCGGAGACGCCCCCGCAGUCCUUUCGUGCUUGAAAGAAGGCGUCAAAGUCAACGACACCUUCUGCUCCGGGCACGCUCUCAUUCACCUCGCUGUCAUAUUCGACCACCUGUCACUCGUCAAAGCACUCCUAAACGCCAGCGCCAGAAUCGACCUAUGCACCUCGAGCCUAUUCUCGCCUCUCGACCUCGCCCUCCUCGUCUCCUCACCCCAACAACGCGAUUCACCCGUCGUCCAGUACCUCACUCAACGCGGAGCGCGCGUCAGACGACUUUCGCUCUCCUCCCCACCUAACCUGUCACCCUCUAAUUCCGAACUAAUCGCGCAGCUCCGCGGCAACUUCAGUCACUCCCUGCUCGCCUCCUUGCUCGCCUCUCUCCCCCAGCCCGCUCUCGACGCCCCCCUCGGCUGGAUCUGCUGCAAGACCCCCCUCGAUUCGCCCCACCCGGCCUCGCAGAGCUCUCGUCGCCUCCUCAUGGUCGUCCCCGCCAUCUUCAGCACCAACCUCAAACUCACCUGCCAAUCACCCAUACCGCCCAUCACCGACCGGGAAGUAAUCUGCGACGUGCAACGGGCCUACUCCCACGUCGUUCACACCCUUUCCAAUUGCGGCGUCGAAGUGUACCUAGACACCUCCGACGAGUUCGAACAGGCCCCCUAUGCCUUUCUCAUCGGCUCCUACUUCUCCACUCACCUCACCCCGCACUCGCGCCGGUCGGCGCUCCUUCACCCCCUCACCAACUCCCACCACGCCACUCACAACCCGUUCUACAAGCGACUCGUCUCGUUCCUUCAGGACAAAUACCAACACCUCGUCUCGCCUUCCGACGCGUCCCCCACCACGCCCAUUCAUCACGCCCCUUCCACCCCUCCCGUCCUCCAAUACAACCACUUCGCCACCGUCUUCGACCGCGCCAACCACAUCGCCUACUCCUCCUCACUCGACCCCCACCUGCCCCACGCCCUCCGCCUACUCGGCUACGCCCACGCCCACGUCCCCCCCUCCUCGUCUCCGCUCUCCAAAUCCGCGGAUGUCGACUCCUUCAUGCUCGUCGGCACGCACGUCCUCCUCCUCUGCCAAGACUGGCCCUCUGCGCCCGAUUCCGAGUGUCCCAGCGACACCCUCAAAUCGCUAGAACUCACCCAAUCCAACAAAACAAUCAUCAAAUUCAGCCCCGAACAAGCCGCGCGCGGCGCCAUCCGCAACUCCAUGGAACUCCUCGGCGAAAAAAAUCAACCCAUCUUGCUCACCUCAGACUCUUGCUCUAGCCUCUGGACCAAACAACAACUCGAAGCCCUAGCGCAAACCGGCACCAAACACGUGUCAGUCGACCUAGGCCCCAUCGAACAACUUGUGCAAGGAUCCAUGCAAACGCUCUUCGCCCCCUUGUUCUGAACGCACCUCUCACUCCCAACUGAACAACCGCCUCGCCUAUUUUUUGCUUGUCCGAACGCGCCAACUGCCAACUUCACUCGGCCGCUUCGAACUGCACGCCUCCGUCCCGUGCAACGCGCUCGCGAGCGUACCCUCAACGCGCGCACCUCACCGCCCCUCCGUCCGCCCGGCGCGCACGCGCUCGUCAAAUGCCGCGCCCACAACCGCCACCAAACACGUUGCAGCACAAAAAAUUGACAUUUUUUCGCUGCUCGCGUACGAACCCAAAUCCGCGGCCGGCGAAGAGGUGGCGGUCCAGCUUCCGAGGCCGCACACAGCAAAGAAGACGCCUCGACCCCUUCGUACCCCCCCCCCCCUUUGCCUCUCAAAGUCACACACAUCCAACGCGCCUCGGGCGGUCCUCGACUCAAAGACACCAAACCCUGUCCUCGACACGAGGACCUCUCGCCGAGCGGGCGCCGCAAAACACGACGACGACGCCCCUCUCACUGCACCGCGCAGAGCGCCCACGAACGCGCCGCAAAAAGGCACCUCCGAACAGCGUUACUAUUGUGUACAAAGUUUGCGUUAUAACGGAUGACAAAUAAAAAAAUCGACAUGCGCGGCGCUUGUUUAAAAGUGUA